AUGUUCAAUGCAUCGACCACUCCAUGCCAGUGGGGAAGCGAUGCCUAUACCUUUUCUCCUUCACUCACUAUCAGCGAUAGUUGUGCGAUCAAUCUUAUCUUCUCUGACAUCCCAUUCAUAUCCAUCGGUAUAUUAGCUUUCGGUAUCUCUUUCUUUUUUAUCCUGGUCAAGCGCUUUGUGCUGGUUGCUAUCUGCAUUUACUUCUCGGUUUUCUUCGCCUUUUCUGCAUCAAUAUUAGACCUAGGGCAGCUUGUCGCACAUGGUCUGAAGGGUGUAGAGCCGGCAGAUAUUGGUGCUACAAGGCCUUUAUUGCAAGGGCGGGAAGUCUUUCUGGCAAUUUCUGUCGGCCUUCGCUUUCUUUUCUACUGGAUCUUCGUUGCUGAAGCACCGAGAGGAGAGUCGCAACCCAAUCCUGUACCAAACAGAAGUUGGACAGACUUUCUUGUGAUUGAAGCUAAGGAAGGAUGUCACAGCGGAAGCUGGGACCGUUGGGGGCUGACCGGUCACAUUCUUAAACUUGUUCUAUUCGCAGCGUCAAUCGCCAUUCUCGUACUGCAGAUCUUGUGGCGUAUCGUAAGCUCGUUUCACUAUUAUGGCCCCAUAUAUGCAGCGGAUACUUCCCUUGAACUCGUGGCCUCAAUCCUAUUUAUUCUAAAACUUAUCUUGAACACGUCAAUUUCGCCCGUGACACCCCGAUGGCGUACACUCAGAGAAUACUCCGUCCCCAUCGUUGCCUUGUUCUUGAAUGCUGGUAUUGCCAUUGGGAAUCUUAUAUGCUUCGCUUUUACCGAAUCAACUUUAGGCCGCUUCUUACAGGCUAUCGAAUACUUCAUCCUCAUCGUCUUCAUCUUGGUAGUUGCUUUCCAUCGCUAUGAGAGUGGCAUCCAAAGACCUGCUCCGCCAGUGCAGCAAAAUAUCAUGAUACCGGAGAAAGCCCGUGAAUCCACGUUCCGGAUUACCCCUCCAAUCGUACCCACACCGACCAUAUCCAUGAUAUUCAACUCUUCGUCACUGAAUCAGGCUAGGAAUGCUAGUACAGAGGCCAUCCGGCGUGCUUCCCGUGUCUCGUCCUGGGUUUCUGCCAGGAUCUCCAGGCAACGCUCGAUAAAGGAGGACAAAGUCCAGCUAUGGAGCCAAAAGGUCGCUGGAGACAGCCCCUUGCCUAACCAGCCAGCGGACAGUUUACGCCGUAGGGACAGUAUAGACUCUGUCCUCUCAGAAGCUUACAAAGAGAGUGCCAAGUGGGAUAGCAUGUCUUACUCGACUGGAUUGCAUCCGGAAACUCCGUCGGCUGCUCAGCCUGUUCACAGUGAGGCCGAUAUUCCAAUCAUAGGGGAAAGGUCAGCGGGAAGCAGUCGAGUGCUUGACAGUUCGUCGCAGAGCGCCAGUUCUCGAAAAUUAUUGACGACCAACCUUGGCAUCAAAAUUGCGCCGUCUUAUCCUUCCGUGCUGUCUCAAGAUCUCGAAGGUGACCUGACAGUGGUCAUGACAGCCCCAGCCGAUACACAAUCACAGGAUUCCCCCAUCUAUGGUUUAGACGGGAUUUCUCGUUCUAUUCUUCGAACGACGGACACCAAUCAGAGCGUUCCUGGUACUCGCAGUACUAGCGUCUCUCUGGAGGAGCUUUUGCGCCAGCAAAAUGACUUGGACAAGAGCAUUGCGGCCCUCCGUCUCUUUUCUCCUCGUAGCUCUACUACCGGGUCAACUGAGGAUAAAUCCCUCUCCGAGAGCCCAAGCCCAAGUGGUCGUGAUGCACCUCGCCAUUCAGCCUCUACGGGACUACGUACAAAUUCCACUAUCUCUCUGAGCCAUUUCCCGGAUCCGCCUUGGUUAACCACGCCUAUUCCUGCUUUACCGUCCCCACGCCCGAUACCCCUCCUGCGGGCAAUGGAAGACCGCCGUUCGCGCUUGACACUCAUGUCUGAAAAUAGCUCCACAGCAGUCCCGUAUCCACCGAGGAUGCCUGCUGCCCAGGACGAUGUGUAUAGCUCCAGUCAAUCUCAGCUGCUACCCGAGUCUCCCUGUGGAGAGGACGAGUUUACGACCACGAAGGCGGUUCGAACACCCAGAUUCGAUUCUGGAGGUACUCAAUACGAUGUCACGUCCUUCAUUGGCGAUCUCACAUCUCCGGGCGGUCAAAGAAAAGGAUCAGGAAUCAUAGAUAAGGAGUCAUUUGCUGAAACGGACAUGGGUACCGGGUCUAUCGUCAACAGGCCCAGGCCCAAUCCUACUUCCUCCCUCCUCAAACCUCCCACAUUCAUUUCCCAGCCACGCUUACCCCCGAAUGCGACAUCCCCCCUCGUACCGCGUAGGGCGAGGUUGACCGGUCUUCCAACCUCUCCUGCGAACGACAGGAUGAAGCUUUCUCCGCUGUCAAAGCUUUCAGUGAUCGAUACAUUACCGGAAGAAGAGACAGAGAACGUCAGGCCUCACACUCCACCAGUUGCCGUGCCAUCCACAUCACCUGCUCCGAUGCUCACGGUCAGCUCAUCAUCGGGGCCUGAUAGAUCACGCACGGGAAGACCGCUGGGCCUUCCGCCCCGGCCACGGCUAGGUUAG